AUGUCGCUGUUUCGUAAGCCCAAGAAGAUUCAGCGGCGAAUGUUUUGUGCCGAUGAUGACGAUGAUGCGGAGCCCGAGGCGCCGCCUCCGCCUGUAAUCAGCCAAGAAAGAGAAAGAAAAGAUUCUAAAGCAGCAAAGAAAACGCAACUCCUUAGCUUCGCCGACGAAGAGGAAGAAGUUGAAGAGUUCAAGGUUAAGAAGUCAUCUCAGAGCAAGAGAUUGGCCAAAAGGAGGGAGAAGGAGAAGUUGAAGCGUGAUGUGAGAACAGACGGUGAUAGUAACAAAUAUGACAGUAUCCCAGUUGAGGAUAAGAACAACCACACAGAGGCCAGCAACGACAAACCAAAGAAGAAAGUGACAUUAGAGGGGCUGAUCCUGUCGGGGCGCGAGGCCCUGGCCGCGGACGGGGCCGGCGACGUGUCGGACGAGAGCGCGCCCGAGGAGGAGGAAGAGGAAGACAACAGGGGUUUCCACCGGUACCGCGCGGAGAACGUGAGGGCCGCGCUGUUGGGCGCGCCCGGCCGCAUUCCCGACGCGGCGCUCAUACACGCCGCCCGCAAGACCAGACAGCAGGCUCGCGAGUUGGGCGGUGACUACGUACCGGUGAAGUCGGAAGCGGCGCCGGGCUCGCGACUCGUGCGCGAUGACGGCUCCGGUGACGAUGAAGAAGAGGGUCGCAUACACGUCCGGGGACUCGACCUGCCCAGUGAUAAGCCUAAACGUGGCACAGCGGCUGUUUCAGAGGAGGAAUUGGAUAGUGAGGCUGAGGAAUGGGAGGAACAGCAGCUGCAGAAAGCCAGGCCUGCCAUCGUGGAUCUCACUGGCGCGGGCGAGGCCGGUAUAGAAGUGAACCCGUUCUCGGUGUCGCUGCCGGCGGCGCAACUGUCCGCGCCCGAGCACCUGCGGCCGCUCACGACGGGCUCGCAGGCGCCCGCCUCCGCCAACGAGCUGGUGGAGGCGCUCAAGAAACGUGGUAGUGAACUGGAGAGGUACUCGUACACAGAGAGGUGA